AUGAUGGAAGCACUUCCUAGUACCAACAAUUCAGAUUCAGACUGCCAAACUCCCAAGAAGAGGGGGAGAAAUCCUAGUGUUGUCUGUCCUAACGUGCCAUUCAUAAAGAAUGUGGACGUAGAGAGGCAAAGAAGAAAGACGCUGAAGAAUUCGUUUUGUGAACUCCAGUCGGUAGUUCCAUAUGCGUCAAAGAUGGACAGAGCAUUUUUGCUAUCAGCUGCUGUAUUUUACAUUAAAGAACUGAAAGAAAAAGUGGAAGAAUCGGAGUAUAAGAGAAUGAAGAUGGAACAACUAGAAAUUGAAAUGAAGAUUGUUGGCAAAAAUUUCUUGCAAAUCAAUAUAGGAGAACUUAAAAGCAAUGAAUUUUCAAUUUGUGGCUACAAAUGGUAUAUGUUGAUUCAGAUGCAAAGCCCAAAUUCUCCAAGUCAUCUUUCUUUAUGUCUUUGUGUGGCUGAUCAUGGAAAAUUGCUUCAAGGAUGGGAUAAUUAA